AAAAAAGACGGACGGCGAUCUGUAGGGUGAUCAUUUAUCGAAUUAACAAUGACCAUGCGCCGAUAUCAUUUCUGAAUCUUUCCAUACUUACACCUCGAUGAGACAGUGGUCGGUGCAUAUGUCUUAAUUUGACCAUCGCCCCCAGCUUUCUCAUGCCAGUACAACGUCCUGCAGACCUCCGCUCAUGCGAUUGACUGGCAGCCCCUUCGCCCUCGGCCGCGCCACUUGGACGUGUGCUCGGUGCAAAAGUACACAGACACCCUCCAACAGGUUCAGACAUACAUACAGCUCUUAUGCACGACCCGUCAAGGUAGUCCGACCACGGCAGGCUGUCUAUCUCGCUGCAGCAGGUGGUGCUUUGGGCGGAAGUCUAUUGUUCUUUACAGAUGAUAUCAAGCAUGGGUGGCAUGCUGCCGCAAGGACAGGGAGGGUAGUGACGACGCUCGCAGUCUGUAUUAAUGAUUACCGAGUUACACUCAAACAGCACCCCGAAGAUCCCAAAGAAGCAUCCCACGCCUUGAAAGCCUGCCAUACACGAUGCGCCGAACGGACGUUAAAGGUGUUGGAGCAAAAUGGCUCGAUUUUCAUCAAACUAGGCCAGCACAUAUCUUCAAUGGGAUACCUCUUGCCCCGGGAAUGGACAGAUACAUUUGUGCCGUUGCAGGAUAGGUGUCCGGUUUCUUCCUACGAAUCGGUUGAAAACAUGUUUCUGCGCGACACUGGACACCGGAUAGAAGACGACUUUGCCGAGUUCUCCAAGGAACCUAUUGGCGCGGCUUCUUUGGCCCAGGUACACAUUGCGAGACUCAAGGAUAGUGAUCAGAAGGUGGCUGUUAAGGUACAACAUCCGACAUUGGAGGAGUGGGUGCCGUUGGAUCUGGCCUUGACGCGAUUCACAUUCAGGACGCUCAAGAGAGCGUUUCCGGAAUACGACAUGGAAUGGUUGAGCGAAGAGAUGGACUUCUCACUGCCACAGGAACUGGAUUUCAGGCUGGAGGGCGCCAACGCUACGAGAGCAAAAGAAUAUUUUACGAAGAACACCAAAUUUCCGCUCGUUAUACCGCAAGUCAUAUCGGCUAAGAAGAGGAUUCUUGUCAUGGAGUAUAUGGCGGGCGUGAGGGUGGACAACUUCGAGUACUUUGCCAAACACCACAUUUCGCGUGAUGAAGUGUCGGCCACGCUGGCGAGGAUCUUCAACGUCAUGAUCUUUCAGAAGAACGCGCCUCUUCACUGCGACCCUCACGCGGGCAAUCUCGCCGUCAGACAUAAUCCCAACAGGAGGUUUCCGUACAACUUCGACAUCAUUCUCUACGACCACGGUCUAUAUCGGAUUCCGGACGAUAAAUUGAGAAGAGACUAUGCGAAGCUGUGGCUGGCUGUCAUUGACGCCGACGAACCCAAGAUGCGGCAAUACGCGUAUGCAGUGGCUGGUAUUACGGACGAACAGUUUCCACUCUUCGCAUCUGCCAUCACAGGUCGAGACUAUCGGGUACUGACCAACAAGAAAGUGGCGACGUCGGCGCGUGAUGACCAAGAGAAGGAAAACGUUCAGGACGUCUUCGGAGACGACUUUGUGCAGCAACUCGUCCAAUUGCUCGGUGAUGUGCCCAGGAUCAUCCUGCUGAUUCUCAAGACGAAUGAUCUCACCCGCAGUUUGGACGAGUCUUUGGGGUCAAAGCAGCCCAUGCGCCCGAUGAUGAUUCUUGCACAGUAUGCCAGUUUGACGGUGUGGGAGGAGGAGAAAGAGAAACUGAGGAGGAGAGGAGGAUUGCUGAAUCCCAAGAACAUCUUGCCUCUGUUCAGGGCUUGGUUGACGCAUUUCCGGAUCGUGCUGAAAUUGUUUGGGUAUGAGCGGUAUUUGUCGAUACGGCGGCAUUUGAGUCUUGAUGGUUGACCUGCUUGCAAUGCGUGCCAGCUGACAGCUGAACUCUCGAUGGUUUGGAAUUAGCGUGGCGUUUUUAUAUACUGGCUUUUAAGCAUUGUAGGGAACAUGCAUAGCUGUGCCUAGCGGUUGGUAAAGGCACAUACCUAGGUGUGCCUAGCGGUUGGUAAAGGCACAUACCUAGGUGUCCCCGUGCCAUCAAAGGUACAUGAGCGAAAUCACAAUGUCUACGUGAGUGCUGGGCACGAUUGAAGAUCUCUGGCUCGCGUCGUUGACCACUCUUACAGUAUGCUCUAGUGGAUCAAGGCUAGAAAUCAAGGUUCAUAUAACAAAUCCGCAUAAUCUCUUUCGCAAUCGACCAUAGGAUAUGGAUCACAGGGCUUCCCGU